UCUCCAGACCACGGCGGCGGCCGGAAGAUCGUACGGGGAGCGUCAUUACUGAAGGACCGAGAUCGUCUGUGUACCGGUAAUAGAAAGUGAACUGAUGGCCUCUCUGAAUCUGUGAGUCAGUAGGUGGUGUUUGGGUCGCCAGUGGUCCUGAUGGCUGGGGCUCCUUCCAGGGCACAGUUUGACCUGAACGAUCAGGAGCUGUUUUAAGGGUUUGGUUCCGUAAACGCUUUUCCCCGAGUUGGCUAAUGCUGUUUAUCUCUGUGCCAUGUACCACUGAAGGAUGUCACUUUCAGACUUCGUCUUGGCCCUGAAGGACAACCCAUAUUUUGGGGCCGGCUUCGGUCUGGUUGGGGUUGGCACGGCACUAGCUCUGACACGAAAGGGGGCCCAGUUUGGAAUGGUGGCCUUCAGGAGAUACUUUAUGAUCACACUAGAGGUGACCAGUCGUGACAAGAGCUACCACUGGCUCCUGAACUGGAUCACACACCACGCUCGGCGGGCACAGCAUCUCAGCGUGGAGACCUCCUACCACCAGCACGAGAGCGGCAAGAUCAGCACCACCUUCGACUUCAUUCCCAGCCCCGGCAACCACUUUGUCUGGUACAGUGGGAAAUGGCUCCGUGUGGAGAGGAACCGUGAGAAGCAGAUGGUUGACCUGAAUACAGGUAUCCCGUGGGAGACGGUCACCUUAACCUCGCUAGGCACCAACCGCCACAUCUUCCAGGACAUACUGACCGAAGCCAGAGAGCUGGCCCUCAAGCAGCAAGUCGGGAAAACAGUGAUGUACACAGCAGUGGGAUCGGAAUGGAGGCUGUUCGGAUUUCCAAGGCGCCGGCGGCCUCUUAGCUCCGUUGUGCUGGACAGAGGGAUCUCAGAAAAGAUCAUCCAAGACGUGAAGGAUUUCACUGGGAACCCCAAAUGGUACACAGACCGAGGGAUUCCAUACCGACGUGGUUACCUACUGUACGGACCUCCGGGAUGCGGGAAGAGCAGUUUUAUCACUGCCCUGGCAGGCCAGCUGGAGUACAGCAUCUGCCUGAUGAGCCUGAGUGACCGCAGCCUCACUGAUGACCGACUCAACUACCUUCUGAGUGUGGCCCCACAACAGAGCAUCAUUCUCCUGGAGGAUGUGGAUGCUGCCUUCGUCAGCCGAGACCUUGCCAAAGAAAACCCCACCGUGUACCAGGGGAUGGGACGCCUGACCUUCAGCGGCCUGCUGAACGCACUGGAUGGUGUUGCGUCAACCGAGGCACGACUGGUGUUCAUGACCACGAACCACUUGGACAGGUUGGACCCAGCUCUGAUCCGGCCAGGCCGUGUGGACUGCAAGCAGUUUAUCGGCUACUGCUCCCACUGGCAGCUGUGCCAGAUGUUCCAGCGGUUCUACCCCGAACAACCGGCGGCGCUGGCGGAGCAGUUUGCCGACAGGGCGCUGGCUGUCUCGGACAGCAUCAGUGCCGCUCAAGUGCAGGGACACUUCCUGCUCUUCAAGCUGGAGCCCCUUCGAGCCAUCGAGAACGUCCAGGAGAUCAGUCAGUAAAGGCUGGGACAGCAGGAGGCACCGCCCUGGGGAGGAGGUGGGGACCGGAGGCUUUCGAACUGAGGACUUGACUAUAUUUAUAAUAAAACCUCAUAUAAGUUUUUAUUCACGGUGCUUGGUG